AAUAAUAAAUAACAUUACCGACGAGUGUGUUAAUAUUAGUUUUGGUAGUUUUUAUUAAACAAUUCGAUGUAGUUUUGUGUUGCGAUUGUCCGCAGGUGUUAACAUAAUAUUAAGAUAUUAAGGAUUUGUUACUUGUCGUUGUUGAUGAUUUCGAAAAAGGAAAAUGCUGGAAAACGUAGAUUGUAAUCUUUUAAGUGCAGGAAAGUGCAGUAAUAGGUCUGUUCAUGGGACAUGUUCGCCGAUACACCUUCAUUUUCCUGGACACAAAUUCCUGUAUAAAAAACUUCUUCCCUGGAGUUCCCAUUCAGUUAGGUCAUGGAGUCCAUCCGAUUCCGCCGAUCAAACGUUAUCGAACGGCGUGGACAUGAGAGCGAGUUGCGUGCGUGUCGCAGAAGACUACACCAAGAGGAAGCACGUCCUCCGGGUGUCCUCGGCAUUACCGUGCCGCUCAGAGAUUCUGCUCCAGGCGGACAACACACUCGAUCUGGCCGAUUGGGUCAAAGCGCUCCAGGAGCAAGUGGCAGCGACGACAGAUGUUGAAGAAAAAAUUGAUCCUCUGUCAUCUCCUACAAAGCAACAGGCUGUGCCGCAACAAGUGCCCGCAUCCACAACGAUCCAAGUGCAAGGAUCAAGUAGGUUAUCGCCAUCGUCUUCGAACAAAUCAAAAUUACCUAAUUUGCGCAAUCGCUCGCCCACAGGCCAGUCGCCGGUUAGCAAGACUCGCAAGUCCUUGUCGCAUUCGGCCAUUGACGGAAGUGGAGGUGCCGUUGGGCCCGUCAGUCCGAAACCGAAGACUUGGCGGGGGCGCAUGGUCAAGCAAAUCCGUAAAAUACAAGGCGCGAGUUCGCCCAGCUCCCCCGUAGCUCCUGAAGGAUCAACUUUUGGAGUUCCCCUGGAACAGUGCUAUCCUUCCUACAGGAACCAGUAUAUUCCGCGGAUAGUGGAAGUGUGUACCGAAAUUGUUGAGAAUAAGGGUUUAGAAACCAUAGGAAUUUACAGGGUCCCUGGUAACAAUGCAGCAAUCACGGCUCUUACCAAUGCAGUCAACCAGUGUUACGAUGGAGUUCCUUCUUCAGACUCUCACUGGAAUGAUAUACAUGUAGUAAGCAGUCUCCUGAAAUCGUUCUUUAGGAAAUUACCGGACGCUCUACUAACGAAACUACUUUAUUCCAAGUUUAUAGAAGCGGACAAGAUUGAAAAUCCCUAUCUGCGCAUGCAAGAACUUAAAAAAGUCGUUAAUCAGCUUCCACCUCAUCAUUACCACACACUCAAGCAUCUAAUGCUCCAUCUGAAAAAAGUCACGGACAAAGGGCAUAUCAACAAAAUGGAAGGCAAAAACUUGGCCAUCGUUUUCGGCCCAACACUGUUUCGUACUUCAGAAGAUGACAUGGCCACCAUGGUCAAUGAUAUCAAUCAUAAUUAUAGGAUCGUCGAAUCCCUGAUUUGCCACGCGGACUGGUUCUUUUCGGAAGAUCCGUCGGUUCCUUUAAAUUUAGGCAUGACCUCCGUACCAACAGAAGAAACGCAGACUGAAUCUGAAAUGGCAUCCAGCAAAGCUCUUUUGUUGGACAACAUAAGCAAAAUUGAAAAUCUUAAAGACCAAAAAGAAAAGAAGGAAAUUCUAUCAUCCAUUAUAUCAGCGGCUCAUCGGAAAGUAAUGAGGAAAACGAUGAAAAGCGUCCCGAGUUCUCAAGAAAUGAAAGAAGACUCUACCACUACUGAAAACAAAGAAUUUACAUAUCAAAGUAACGUUCCUUCGGUUUUAAAGGAGAAUAAUCCAUCUGCAGAGACCAAAACCCGGGCUCAUAUUAUUCCGACUACUGUAGUGGAUAUGGAAAAACCUCCCCUCACGUCAUCCUCAAGUCAGUCGGAAAAAGUGCCGUGGUUCAAUUAUUCUGCAGAUCAAGAAAAUUUCCGUCGUCGCAUAGAAAACUUCAUUCAAGAGACGCAAGCGAAUCUGCAACGUUCCCGGAAAACGGAACUUUACGCUAAUCCAAGCCUGGAAAACUUCCUGGCCAGUUUACCAGGAUCCAAUUUUUCCUCUGCUGGUUCGAACUCGAUAUACACGGUGCCGGCAGGCAACGGGGUACAAUACGAAAACGUACCUGUGGGUGGAAUGAAAAUUAACGGCUCCGAUGUCCUAAAGAAUAAAGGGGGUGUGUAUCGUGUGGGAGGGAGCAAUAUAAACAAUAAUAACAACGACAAUGUGACUGGGCGACAAAGGAUCACAAGUUCGAUGGAAAACGUUCACAGGGCCGUUAUAGAAGCUGCAAGUAACAGUGCAAAUGCUAACGUGAAGAAAAUUAGAUACGGAAAUGAGAAUGACCUUAAUCAAAGGUCAGGAUCUCUAGAUUCCAUUCACAAGAUUAAUUGUACAGAUGAAGGAUUUAGGGCCCCCGUGCCGACAGUGCGUGGGUGGCGUUCCGUACGGCCCCCGUCAAGUGCCGCGGCUCCCGUUCGUCCACCGCGUACCCACUCGUUACGUCGUCACUGAGGUAACGACCUUCAAGCAUCUAUAAUGGAAAUAUU